GACAGACCAAAAAACCAACGUUCAUAUCCAAGCUUGAAGGAAUUUUUCAAUGUUCAAACUUCAUACCCAACUGUUCAUCAACUUUCCAGGAUUGGAAUUUGGCAGUAACCCUUUUGGAUCGCAUCACACUACAAUUGUAGAAGUGGUAUAGAUUCAAUUGAGCGAAUCAGAAGUCUACGUACGCGUUUGUUUCUCUUAAUCAUACGAGAUUAAAGAUCGAUGAUCAAUCAACCCAAUCUAACGGCUAAAGCUCGAAAUCAAGAGAUUGCCAUAGCGUAUGAUUGUAGGAUCGGUCUUUGAAUGCGAUGGAUAUUGACUAUUGUUACAACCCAUACAUUUUGUAAGAGAUGUUUGCUAAUCACAACUUUUGAUUUUGAUUUCGAAAAGGAACAAAGCAUCGAUGAUCACUCCUGGAGUUCUCAGCUUCCAAAAUCUGUAACAAUUACCACUGAACACUGACAUUCUCGAACACUCUCCCGCACGCGCAUUUCUAAACUUCCCG